AUGGCGACUUUGCUUCCUCUGUUUCUUCUCUUCUCCAUGGCAACAUAUUCAAACGCGGCGGUUUGUGUGUGCAAAGACGCAAACGAGCAAGCGCUUCAGAAGGUAAUAGACUACGCGUGUGGAUCGGGUGCUGACUGUACGCAGAUUGCAGAGACCGGAGCUUGCUUCCAGCCAAACACCAUCAAGAACCACUGUGACGUCGCCGUUAACAGCUUUUAUCAGAAGAAAGCUCCCACUGGCGCCACCUGUGACUUUGAAGGCGCCGCCGUCAUCUCCACUUCCCCUCCUUCCAAUGCUUCGAGCUGUUUAUCUAGUUCCAGCGCUACUGGUACUCCCAUCACCGGAGCACCAUCCACUGGAAACUCAACCACCGGCAAUUCAACGACCGGAACUCCAUACACCGGAAAUUCAACCACCGGGAUGCCGAUCAACGUCACUGCCACCAAUGGAGUGCCCACUUCAUCUGCAUUCCCUAUGGGACCUUCCGGGAGCACCGGUUUCGAUCCGAGCGGUGGAGAGGAGCUCUUUGUCCGAACCACGACCGUCAUCUUACUAACCGCCAUCGCCGCCGUGGCCUUACGGGUUUAG